AUAUAUACAGAGAGGGCAGGAGCUCUUGGACAGAAGACUGGGAGUUUUCGAUAUGGAGGAGGAAAUUUACACUCCAGAAGAGACCAGCACAGAUGUGGAAGAUGAGACUUCAACUACUGAAGAAUCUACUCCAAACGUCAAUGUGAGAGAAGAGGUGGAGAUGCCCUGUCAAUCUAAUGAUAAAGAAAAUGAGAAGAUAGAAAAACUACUCAAGAAGGUCAACUUAACCCUUCAGGAGAGUUUGAAAAAGAGGAAGAAAGGGAAAAAGGUGGACAUAAUCAUCUGCUACUAUAGGGAGAAUAAGAAAAAGAAACAAAGCCACCCGGGAAACGAAGAAAACACCGCAGAGGACUCCACUGAAUAAUGAAAAACCCUGUGACCAUCAGCAGUCAGAAUCCUGUGAUUCCAGAGGAAGAAGUGGAGCACUAGUUAACUAUUAAAAAAGUCAGAUCUAAACAAUAAAGGGUACCUCAAUGGCUGCAUUAAAAUAAAA